GUCAAAAUAAAAAAUUAUGAACUUGGAUUUUCGCAACAUCCGAGCUGCAUUUGUAGUAGAGGGCACAAGGGGGGACAUUCAACCAUAUUUAGCUCUGGCUCUACGGAUGAAAACUCGGGGUUACAAAGUAAAGAUAUUUACCAAUUCCGAUCAUGUGUCACUUUGUAGGACCUUUAACGUGCCAGCUGACGGUAGCUUCUAUAGCAUGAAGGAAGUCAUGGCAGAUCACGAAUUUCGUUCUGACUUUGCCAGUGGGAAUCCGUUCAAGAUUGCCGCAUGCUUGAACAAGUUUCGACAGGAGCAUUUUCCAGAAGACUUGAGAGCACUUUGGCCCAGCCUGGAAUCCUUUAACCCAACAGUAGUCCUCGCUGGAGGCAUUUCAACACCAAAGGGUUUGCUCUACUCGUUCGAUAAGACGAUACCAUACAUAAGUGUGGAUUUACAAGUUGUUCUCCCAUUGUCAGACAAGGCUCCCGUCGGAUUGCCAAAACUUCCAUUUGGGACAAACAAACUCUGGGUCUCACUGCUGCUGCAAAAGGCUACAUCGGCAAUGGCGGCGAGAAAGAAGAUUAUAAAAGAGGUGCUCGAUAUUGAUAUGGAUGGAAAAUACGAGAAACCUGCACAUUACACCCUCUUCACAGAUAUUCCAUCUUUUCCUUCUCCCCAUUUUUAUGGUGUAAGUACGACUGUCAUCACAGAACAUCCGGAGUGGCCGAAAGAAAACUUCUACCCUUGCGGAUUUUUCACUAUAGGCGAACAACGACAAGAGCAACUGAUGAAGGACGAGUCUAAGGGAUAUGAGUUUGGCUCGGAAACCUGCAACGAGCUGACAGAAUUUCUAGCUGCGGGAUCACCGCCUGUUUAUCUUGGUUGGGGAAGCAUCAUGUGCAACAGUCCACAGUGGAUGGUUUCCCUAGCUCUUGAAGCGUUGCAGCAUGUGGGAGCACGAGGCGUGCUCUUGGGUGGCUGGGCUGGGCUGAGCGAAGCCUACAUUCCUGAUCAUCUGAAAAACUUCUGCAAGAAAAAUGUGAUCUUUGUAUCUUCUGCACCACACGAGUGGCUCUUUCCCCAGUGUUCUUGUAUCGUACACCACGGUGGAGCCGGAACUACUGCUGCUUCAAUCAGAUCAGGCCGGCCAACUGUGAUAACACCGGUGAUGGGAGAUCAGUUUGAUUUUGCUGCGGGAGUAAACGAAGUCGGGUGCGGUAUCGGUUUGCGAAAAAUGUCGUCAGUCAGAGGGAACACUCUUGGAGACGCAAUUAAGCGAUGUCUGGAGGAAGAGAGCAUUAUCGCACGAGCAAAAGAGACAGGUGAGAAGCUGAGAAACGAAGACGGCUGUGAAACAUUUUGUAACGUCUUCGAGGAGUGGCUAGUGCACGGAUUUGCAUCCGGAGAAUGGCUUAGGAAGCACGAGAAUUUGAUGAAGAAGUGUAAAGAAUCUUGGGAAGCCGAACAGAGGUGGAGUUUCUGUUUCUGCCGAUAAUUGGUUCUUUUGGCACGAGAGAYAUAAAUAGUGACCGUUGUAAAUUAUGAUGUAUUUUAAGAAAUAGUUUUCAAAGUG